ACAGCCCCAUCCUCUCUGCUCCUCUCCUCUCUAUUUGGUCUCAGUCUUUUGGAGGAAAUCCGUCCCGGAUCCGUCUCCAGGAGGGGGAUUAUCGGUGCUCGAAGAUGCAGCGGGCAGCGGCGCACUCCCUGGCCGCAUUGCUGGCUCUGUUUGCCGCAGUGUGCGUUCGCUCUGAGGCGGAGGUGAUCGAUGACAUCCUGAGCAGCCUGAACAGAGGAGCAUCCUUCCUGGAGAGACAGCACGAGCACAUCAACCUGGACGGGGUGGUGGGCUUCCUCAUGCUGCAGGCUGAAUUGAAGGAAGCAGUCCGGACGUGGCCUCACACCGACCCGGUCAGCUGGGCUCAGAGAACCACCGCUGUCGCCCUGGUCAAACGUCUCGACCAGAGCUUUGAGAAGGCAGUCGCUGCCCUGCAGCAGAAUGACCCCAAAUACUACAGAGAGUUCGAACCACUGCUGACAUGGAGUUUCUGGUUGAUUCCUCAGGGCUGGAGCUCCACAGACCCCAGUCUGGUCUACUCGUCCACCAUGACCACCGAGUGCUACGAUGAGCAGCUCAGUGACAAAUGUCUGACCCUGCUGCUGGGAACCUGGAAGAUGAACGGGACGCCCUGCAUCGUCACCAAACCCUGUCGAGACACCAUGACCCGUUUUGGUUGUCCUCAUUACUCUCUGUCCCACCAGCUGCUCUACUUCAUGAUUGGGAAAAUGAGAGGCUGCACCAACCUGCUGAAAGGCGACACUCGACCAUCCAGGAUCAACAUGACUGAGCGCAGCUAUGAGAGGAUCUUCUGCUCCAACAUGAUGAAGACCAACGAGGACAUCAUCAGAGACGGCCUGACUGAGCAGACGGUCGACAUCUUCAUCGAAAACAUUCUCAUCUGUGGAUUGGCCGGUUUCUCUGACUUCUACAAACCUGAUUGGCUGCAGCACAUCCUCCGGCUGCAGGACGAGGAAGUGGGCUGCUUUGGGAGAGAUAAGAGCAUCAUCUCUCAGAUCAUUGGAGACGAACUGCUGGAGCAGCUGCAGCCUCACCGGAGGGUGAAGAGGAGGGAGAAGAUACUACCAGAUGGCUGCUCCAGUCACAUGACCGCUGUAGCCGUCGGCACUCUGGGAGGUUACCUGAACUAUUACCUGACAGAACAGGACAUCACGAAGAGGCCGCUCACCUGAACGCCCCCACAACCUCCCCCUCAUCACGGGUC